AUGCACCCUAAAGAGUCCUUCAACAAGCGGACAGCAGGCGCUGCCGCUGCAGACCUUCCGCCUGUUGAGGGGCGCAGGGGCGCAAAGCUCCAGGCCGGCGAACGCAGGCGCGUGCGCGGGGGGGCCGAGGGCCGAGGCCUGCGCGCAGCCCGGGCGGCUGCACUGCGCGCGCGCCGACCCGCGCGUGGGGCCCGGUUCCGGCGCGCGCGGCGUGGAAGGCGGCGGGUUGCAGCGGCCCGCUGGAGGCUCCGCAGCGGCCACGGGACCCCUGCGGGAGGGCGGGAGCGCGAUCCUGCGCCUCGCCUCGGCGCCCCGCGUCCGCAGCUGGCGCUCCGCCGGGGACCCGGAGCAGGCAGGUGGCGGGACUCUUGGGGGGCGCCCCUGGUGGAGCCCCGGGAGGCCGGGAGGCCGGGCGGCACUGGGGCGAUCAGAGGCCUCCCAGGACGCGGCCCUGGCUGCCGGGGAGGUGGGUGCUCGUGUCGGUUGCUUGCCGGCUGA